UUGUGUUGUUGAUUCGUAUGGGUUUUUUACUUCUAUUCGUAUUUUAAACGUUCAAGUGAUUUAUUUCAGUUAAUUUUAUCAUACAUAGUGUAUUAAAUUUUAAUUUAAAUUAAUCCUAAUAUUUGUUUUAUCGAUUGCAACAAGAACAAGAAAACUUGAUUGAAAAUUUGUACCAUUUUAAGACUAAAUAACAAAUAAAGUUCAACAAUGGCGAGAAAUGCAGAAAAGGCAAUGACCACAUUGGCCCGUUGGCGUGCCGCCCAAUUGGGAGAGACCGAAAGACAUAAAAAACGCCGUCCGUACUUAGCAUCAGAAUGCAAAAGUCUCUAUGCAUGCGAAAAGUGGAGGAUGCAGAUUAUCCGAGAGAUAGCCAAGAAAGUUGCACAGAUCCAAAAUGCUGGGCUCGGCGAAUUCCGCAUACGCGAUUUGAACGAUGAAAUUAACAAGUUGUUGAGGGAAAAAAGGCAUUGGGAAGAUCAGAUAAAAGAGCUCGGAGGGCCAGAUUAUCAGAGGGUUGGGCCCAGAAUGUUGGAUCAUGAAGGAAAAGAGGUUCCAGGGAAUAGGGGCUACAAAUAUUUUGGGGCAGCCAAAGAACUCCCUGGGGUCCGCGAAUUGUUCGAGCAAGAGCCGCCGCCGCCCCCGCGGAAAACUAGAGCUGAACUUAUGAAAGACAUUGACGCUGACUAUUAUGGCUACAUGGAUGACGACGACGGGAUCCUCAUUCCAAUAGAAAUGAAAUCUGAAAAAUUAUCAAUUCAACAAAAAAUAGCAGAGUGGAAGGAGAAAAAGCAGACUAGGUUAAAUAAGAAUUCUUCGGACGAGGAAGAGGAGGAGGAAGAGAACAUAUAUGCGGUUGAGGAGUCCGAUGACGAGGAAGAGAAGGAGGUGAUAGAUGGUUCGCAACAAAGAUUCGUUGCUCACGUUCCGGUGCCAACGCAGCAGGAAGUUGAACAGGCUUUGCUGAGGAGAAGGAAGCAGGAGUUACUGGAAAAAUAUGGGGCACAUGAGGAUAAUUAACAAUUAUUGUGAAUUGAAAUUUUGUAUUUAAAUAAACAGUUUAAGUGUAAUUACCUUGUAA